UGGUAUCUUGAUGGAGACACACUACUAAUAAUCAUUUGUGUUGGCAUUGUGUUCCCUCUUGCACUUCUUCCUAAAAUAGGCUUUCUUGGCUACACAAGUAGUUUAUCAUUUUUCUUUAUGGUGUUCUUUGCUCUUGUGGUAAUAAUUAAAAGCUCCACCUCGUGUCCCUUAACAUUGAACUAUACAGAACAGUACUUCCAGAUUUCAAAUACUACAGAUGAUUGUAAACCAAAGCUCUUUCAUUUCUCCAAAGAGAGUGCUUAUGCCAUACCAACCAUGGCUUUUUCAUUUCUAUGCCACACCUCAAUACUGCCCAUAUACUGUGAACUUCAAAGCCCUUCUAAGAAAAGGAUGCAGAAUGUAACCAAUACAGCAAUUGCUUUAAAUUUUCUCAUUUAUUUUGUAUCUGCACUCUUUGGGUACCUCACUUUUUAUGACAAUGUGGCGUCAGAAUUAUACUUGCCACAUGAUGUUGUCAUCAUGACUGUGAAGUUGUGCAUACUAUUUUCUGUGCUUUUGACAGUCCCUCUAAUCCACUUCCCUGCAAGGAAAGCUUUAAUGAUGAUGUUUUUUUCCAAUUUUCCAUUCUCAUGGAUUCGCCAUUCUUUGAUCACUCUAGCUCUCAAUAUUAUCAUUGUUUUACUGGCGAUAUAUGUUCCUGACAUUAGGAAUGUAUUUGGUAUAGUUGGUUCCAGUACAUCAACGUGUUUGAUUUUUGUGUUCCCAGGACUGUUUUAUCUUAAAAUGAGCAGAGAGGAUUUUCUCUCACGGAAAAAGUUGGGGGCAUUUGUUUUGCUCAUCUUUGGUAUUUUGGUUGGUAAUUUUAGUUUAGCACUCAUUAUUUUUAAUUGGAUUAAUAAAUGAAAGAAAUUAU